GUUGCUGUUACGAGUGAAUGAUUUUGUUGUGAGAUCUUAAUGUUAAUAAGCAGCAUUUGUUUGUAGUCAUAUUAUUAUUAUUAUUAAUAUUAAUAUUAUAUUAAUAUUAUUAUUCUUUUUAUUUUAUCGUGCUCUGAUGAAAAAACUGAGUAAGUUGUUGUUAUUAAACUUACGACCGGAAGUGCCAUGGUGCUUCUAAGAGAAGGUGUGUGUCCAGGGCUGAGUGAAGACCUCAUCAAAGCUCUACAUGAAGGAGAUGUUAGAACAGUGGAGGAUCUUGUCUUGUCUGAUCCUGAACAUCUGGCCCAGAAAUGCUCAGUGUCCUACAAGGCCUUGGUGGCAGUCCGGCGCGUGCUUCUGGCUCAGCACACAGCGUUUCCGGUCUCAGGAGCCGACCUGUACGACGAGCUGCUGAGCUCCACUUCUAUUCUCUCCACAGGAAUUGCUAGCGUGGAUACCCUGCUUGAUUCGGGUCUGUACACAGGGGAGAUCACUGAACUCUGUGGAGGCCCAGGAACAGGUAAAACACAGACGUGCUUCAGCGUGGCUGUCCACGUUGCACAUGAGCUCAAGCAGAAGGUAAUGUACAUCGACACAAACGGAGGGAUGUGCGCACACCGGCUGCUUGAGAUGCUCCGGCAGAAAACCGACAAUACGGCACAGCAGAUGAACGCUCUUCAGAGGAUCAGCGUGCUCCGGGUGUUUGACAUCUUCACCUUAUUGUCCUGCCUUCAAAAUCUAAGAGCCAGCAGUCUCCAGAAGGGAGAUGUUGGUGUCGGUGGUUCGGUCAAAACCGUCAUCGUGGAUUCCGUGUCAGCUGUGCUCUCCCAUAUGCUUGGAGGAAAACAGAACGAAGGUAUGUCCUUAAUGAUGCAGCUGGCUACAGAGCUGAAAACGAUCGCCAAAGAUUUUAAUGUAGCCAUUCUGGUGACCAAUCACGUAACACGAGACGGGAACAGUCAGCUCAAGGCAGGACUGGGGCAGUCAUGGAGUCACGUCCCACGUACACGCAUCCUCCUGCAGCGAACAGAGCCGCCUGGAGCUUCUAGCUUACGCACAGCCACGCUUCUUAAAUCCUCUCGGCAGCCCUGCUACAUAAUGAAGGAGUUUGAUUUGAGUCCACCACCUUGUGGACAGUCACAGACUGGGUUUGGAGGGAAGAGGAAAUUGGACACUGGUUCAUAAGAAGGCCCACUGCUGACCUUUUGGUGUUUUCAACAUUUAGAAAAGUGAUGCUGUAAAAUAAUUUGCAAUGCAGAUUUUGAGAAGAAAAGGAAAAGGUCUAGGUUAAUAUACAGAGUACUACAGUGUUUGUAUUUGCAUUAAAUUACUGUAGAUGCUUUUUCUGUUGAAGACCUUUUAUAUUUUGUACCUUUCAUAAUA